GCCAUCCAUAUGUGUUGACAUUCAUCGUGUUUGGGUGGGGUCAGUGCAUGCCAUGCAAGCAAGAACCAUGCACACGCGUUGUGAGAAACACUACAGGCACACCCAUAUCGCCGGCCGCUCCUAAAUUGCAUCUCUUCGAGAAGCCAAACGAAAAAACUCGCUCGCCUCCAUGUUAGUUAGCCAUGCGCAGUGCCUUACACACUUGUUCACACCCAAAAAUACCUCACUCUCACCUCAUCACUCCCCACGUCUCCCCUCCCCUCCCCUCUAAGACAAGAAAAGUCGCCUUCUCUCUCUCGAUUCGUUUAUUCUCUCUGCCCUGGAGGUCUCUCCGUCCUGAUGUUGCUCACCGCUCUCGGCGCCGUCAUGGCCCCCCUUCGCCGCAGUGUGCGCUUCCGCCACUUGAGCGAGCGCUGUGCCGCCUCGCUCACACACGCCUCUGCCGUCACUCUGCCGUGUGUGGCCGAUGGGCUGCUGUCGUCGCGUGAUGCGGGUGACUCGGAGGGCGGGGAGGGGGCUGGCGCAUCUGAUGGCGUGUCGAUGCGAGCAGAAGGGGAGGUGGCUUCUGCUGGGGGCUCGGCGGUAGUGACAGUGGCCUCGCGUUGGCUCUUCUGCGCCGACUGGGCCUGGCUUGAUAUGAUCGUCACCCUGCCCCGACAAAACAGAGGCAGAGCGAUGCAUCGACCACGAACCGUGAGAUGAAUCGUAUUGUCCUUCCCUUACUCCCUCCCUCCCUCCCUCCCUUCCAUCCUCACCAGAAGAUUGAUACGAAGCCGACCCACAGCACGCGCAGGUCGGUCGGCACCAGCCCAUAGGUAACGAGCGACACAAACGGCCAGAAUUUGAGCCCCGCUAUCACCAAUGGAAUCGCAGACGCCUUUAUGGCACGCCAGAUGACCGGCAACGGAUCCAGCUGCACGCAACACACACACCAAUCAACCACACGAACGUCCACAUCACACACAUCCGUUGUCUAGACCAUCUUGUGUAUCUAUCUGCCAUAGUACCUCCAGUAUGCCGAGAUAGAGCACAUAGCAGGCAUUCCAGAAGGGCGCGAAGACGGCCCGGUCGGUGACGAUCUUGCCCAGGGUGGUCGGCCAGUAGCUCUCCCACUGCAGCACCGCCUCGAAGAACAGAUCGUUUAGGUGGUACCACACGUGGCUGAGUGGUCCGUGCAGCAGGAGACCGGCAGAGGCGGAGCGAAACAGCCGAAGUCGGUCGAUGCCAGCCAGCCCACGGCCUUCAUUCAUCUGCACACGCGAGAUGGCAACCAAGGAAAUGUCUGGUGGUUCCCCUGCCUGUCUGCCCCUGAUCUGAUGAGUCAGUCGUUCGUUCCUUGCUCACCCACCCCCCCACCCACCUGAGCCGUCCAGUCCCCGAUUGCAUAGACCACUCCUGAUGUGAGACCCUUGGUGACUACGGGGUCAUCAUGCAGCAUCCGCAUGUACACAUUCAGGUUGUCGAGCGGCGCCCGCAUCAAGAUCUCGCUCGUCGUCCACCCACGGUAGAUGCUCUCAUCCACACGCAGGAAGGACUGGGCAGUCGUGACGGCCAUGAUGGUGAGAAACACCAAGUUGAAGAAAAGGUUGACGAGCCUCUCCUCUUCUCUCUUGGUCGCCACGAGGCCCUUGAACAGCACCGGGGGAGGCUCCUCAAUCGCAGGUACGGCGCCGACGGCCUUGAGAGCCGACUCAUCGGGGAGCAGCACUCGAUUGACGAGGGAGUCGAUCUCAGCAUUGUACAUGGGCCGCCAGUCGUUGGCGAGAAGCUCCCUUGUCAUCGUGUCGUAGACAUCUUCCUCCUUUGUCAUGUUGCCCGACACGAAGACGCCGGUCCCAUUGAACCCAUCGCCAUUGGUGGGGACAGUAAACGACCCUUCUGGCCCAAAAUUAGCCUGCAGCAGCUGCCGGGCGAUCUCAGCCGCUGACGAGGCAGUUGGUGCGGCACUGCUGGCCGCUUCAUCGAUUAAUGCUGCUGACGGCUCCUCUUGCGCCUUUUGAGCGAGAUAGCCGGCCACCACAGAGCCGAGCGACUCCGGCUCGUGUAGUCGUAUGCUGACGGGCUCUCCGUUCUUGUCAAAACAAGGCCGUGAGCAGCGGGGGAUUGCCUGGACGGCACUAAGGACAUCCGGCUGGCCGCCUGUCCUCUGCAUCGUUGGCACAUCAGAGCUGGACACAAACUCAUGGACGCCAGGGAGGCCCUUGGCAGCCAGGAACACCCUCAGCGAUGGCCGAGAGGUGCCGUCACCGGAUGGCUGCAGCAGCGCCAGGCCGCAUCCCUCCAGCUUGGACUCGUCCUUGCACGCCGCCUUCAUGCACGCCGAUGGCCACACUGUCACGAAGGAUGCGAAGGCAGGGAAAGAGGCACCUCCUGGCUGCGAAGGCUGCACCAGAGUCAGCGGAUGGAAGGCCACAGACAUGCCCUCCUCAUCAGAUGUGGAGGGGCACGGAGUGAGUGGCCGCGGCCCUGACAGAGUCGACAUAACGCAGCCGCCCCGACCCGCCGCAAAGGAUUCCGUCAAUGCGGUCUUGAGGACGUCAUCCACACAUCGACUGAGGUCGGCAGGGUCCUCUUGCGGCGGGGAAGUGCCAGACGCAGUCGAGGGAGCCACACAGUCGGCAGCUAUCUCCAUGCCAGCCGCAAAUCCUCCCAGCACGUCAGAUAACGAUGCAUCAACGCCCUGGCCUUUCAAGAAAGUCCCAAUGUGGCCAUCGACGCGGUCAGUCAGCAGCUGACUACUGGCUGUUUUCGUCGCUGCCAGGGGCUUCGUUCGCAGACGGGAUGGCGACACUCUAGUGAUGAGUGGCGGUGGCUGUGCUGGCGGGAGGAAGGCCUGCGACGCAGCUGGCAAGAGCGCCACGAUGCAGCUGAGCGCAUUCAUCUUCAGCUGAAGGGCAUCCUUCAAGUUGGUAAUUGUUGAUCGGAUCUCUUUGCCGACGUGCCCACGGGCAUUAUGCACACAUCAGAUG